AUGUACAAAGAAUUAGAGGCAGCAAUAAAUAAUAUUGAUUUGUAGACAGAAAAACAAUUAAAAUUCACAAUAUCCAAGUUGAUCACAGCAUUUUCAAUUUGUGUGGAAAAUGAUAGAAAAGAUUGUAAAAAGUUUUCAACUUUAUUUGAUCCAUUAAAACAAUCUCUUGAUCAAGAAAAAUAAGGACUUUAUAAAUGCGUAAAUGAAAAUUAAUCUACAUAUUAAUAAUGCAUACAGAAUUUUUAGAAAAAGUCAAUCUCAAUAAUUUUGCAAUAAUUGUCAAAAAUUGAAAAAUAGAUAGAGUGA